AUGGAGACCGAGUGGAAACACACCCACCCUGAACUGUUGCUGGAUACAAUCUCCCCUCCGCUGGCUCGAGCAUCGUCCCCAUUAAAGCAAAACUCGAACAAAGACCCAAGCAGGCGUCAAAGUCAAGUUUUGACCAUUCUCAAUACCCUUCACCCCGAACUUUUCAUUCCUCAUCGACGAAUGGGAUGGAAUAUGUUUGAUACAAUUCGCACGACGUAUCCCUUCAUUUACCGAAUCAACGAUGGCAUGAGUAAUAACAUUUUACUACAAAAGGUUUGUGAGGAGCGUGGCUGGAAAGAGUACAAAGAAGAAGCAGCAAAAAGCAAGAUUCCUUGGAUAGAACGAGAACUUUAUAGCAAUUCAAAUUGGAAUCUUUGGUGGAGUUACAAUUUUUAUCAGGGGAGCCCGUAUAGGACGCUUAAAUGUUGGCAAUACACGAAUCACAACCCUAGAGCUUUCCAAUUUUGCAACAAAUCAUAUCUUACAAGUUUCCUGAAAAAAAUGCGUGCAGAAUUUGGAGAAGUGUAUGACUUUAGUCCCAAAGGCUUUAUAAUGCCCAAGGAGUACGUCCAGUUCGUAUCUGAGCACAGCAGAAGGCAAGAACGUGAAUGUCUGGAUGCUAGAAACAUUGUCAUGAGCUCAGAGAUGAUUUCUCCAACAAAUUCCGAUGAUGUAUUGAAAAACAAACAAUCAUUUGGAACAAGAACUAGUCGACAUCCCGUUUGGAUCAUAAAACCCAUUGGAAAAUCUCAAGGAAAAGGAAUCGUUUUGACCAAGGACAUAGGGAUGGUAGCAGCUGCUCAUCGUUGUGUCGUACAAGAGUACAUCACUCGUCCUUUUUUGAUUGCCGAUUAUAAGUGGGACAUCCGUAUUUACGUUUGCAUCACCUCAACUGAUCCCUUAGUUAUAUACAUGUAUCGCGAAGGACUUUGUCGAUUUGCCACAGAGAAAUUUGACCUGACAAAUCUUGAUGCAUGUUUCUCUCACUUGACGAACGCCUCUCUAAAUAAAUUUGCUCCGGAGUAUCCCACAAACAAGGAAAUUAUUGGUUCCGGAUGCAAAUGGUCACUAAAGCAGUUGAGAGCUUAUUUAAAAAAAGGAAAGCAGCGCGAUUGGCUUCUCUGGCAGAAAAUCAUGUCUCUUGUUUUGCUCACGGUCGUUGGCGAAGGUCUGAAGUCUGGCUACGUGUUCCCAGCCAAUCGAAACUGCUUUGACUUUUUUGGUUUCGACAUUUUGGUGGAUGCCAACUUUCAGCCAUGGCUAUUAGAGGUGAAUUAUUCUCCUGGGCUGGGUGGUGACUGCGAAGUUGAUGAAAUUGUCAAGAAACCAAUGUUGAACGAACUCUUUGAUUUAUUGGGUUUCCCAAAUUCUUCGUCCGAUGAACAAAAUAUUAUGAGUCGUCCUUCGCCGUCAACUUCAAAGUUAUCGCAUUCAGCUCGUCAACCUCAGGAGAAGAAACAUGUUCAAUUCACUCCUAAACCCAAGUUGGCUUUGGACUGUACAAAUAUUGAUGCAAGUUGCAAAGCAAGAUUGAAACAGGCCUCGCUAAUCUACUCACAAGAUUUGGUCCUGGAAUAUUUCGGAAAACAUUGCAGAGAUCCGAAAUUUCGUUUGAGUCCAACAAUGAAGAUUUUAUACGAGAGAAAAAUUUCUCAUGCCAAAAGGAAGAAAAGAUUUGACAAGCUUUUGAAACAAAUGAGAAAUAAUGAGAAAAAUUCCAAAAUUGUGGACGAAGAACUCGACGAGGAAGGAUCCGAUGACGAUUCUUCCGACAGCAGCAGCAACGUCAAAACGCCGUCAAGUUCCAGACCAUCUUCUGCCAAUGGAGAAAAAUCGAAAAAAUCGGACGACUCGAGCUACAUUUAUCUCCAACGUCAAGAUUGGGCUGAAGCGCCGCUGAAAAAUGGAAACUGGUGCCUUGUGUAUCCCUGCAAAGCUUUCCCUUACCGUUCCCCAUAUCGGAGUGCACUAGGGGACUUGAGAAGUAUCGUUAAAUCUAUUGAGCAAUACAUGGCGAUUGCGGAAUCAGUGGUGAAGACUUAUCCUGAUCAAAAUGACGAGUUCUACGAGAGCAGAGUGAAAGCCUUAUGUCGAUGGAAUAUUGAAAUAUGGUGCCCCCCUGGCGUCGAAGAUGACGAAACCAUUGUUCCAAUCAUGCGCUAA